CGCUGAUAACACAGCCUGCGCCCCUAAGCAUCAGGCCGCUAGCGCAGCUCCAGUGGGCCCAGGCCCCGUUAAAGCUCAUCACUAGCGCUUAAUUGGCACCUGCCUUGGUUUCCACGUCUGCCGUCAUCGCGAGAUCGAGCAAAAAAAAUAAGGGCGCCUCGCCGAUGCUCGCUCGUCUCCUUCUGCUCGCAACCUCCAGCGUCAGCCCUCGUUUUUCUCCUCCUCUUUCUUCCGUCAGGCGGCAUCUUCUCCGUAAACCGUCCUCUCGAUCUUUUUUCUUCACGCCUUCCAUUUUUCAUCUUUGUUCCUCAACUUUAUCGACUUCACCCUCCCAACCUCCAAGAACACGGAAACCCGCGUCAUCCGCUUCUCUUCAUUCCAUACCUGAAUACUACCACCAACGCCCAUCGGAUCUAAAAUCUUCUUUCUCGGCGUUGCCAUCUCCGGAUUAUUUUGGGGGCGUCUUCUGAUAGACAGAACUUCAUCUGCCUCUACCGUCAUCGCUCGUCGCUCAAUUGACACGCCUCCGACUCACCAGUCGCAUCACCACCGGCCUCGUCGCCGGCUGGGUCAUCGUCAUUGGCUUUGUGAACAAUAUAGCUUCGGAUUGCUCACUACCACCACAAUGGCCGGUCCUUUCGCUCGCCGGAAUACGGCCUAUGUAGCCAUGGCCUGCUACUUCAUCACCCUCCCCUUUCUCGCCCUCGUCCUCACGGGCAACAUCCGCGUCAAUGACGUAUUGAACGAUUUCUACUUCUUCAAGCUCGACGUCUCUCACAUCAUCCCGGUUGCUGUUACCAACUCCAAUUUGCUCAACUCAGUAGCACGAAGUCUAGGUCUACACGACUUUUACACUGUCGGACUGUGGAAUUUCUGCGAGGGCUACCUUGACGAGGGCGUCACUUUUUGCUCGAAACCUCAACAAUUCUUCUGGUUUAAUCCAGUGGAAGUCCUUGUCAGCGAACUCUUGGCCGGUGCCCGAAUUGCGCUCCCCUCACAAGUCGUCACCAUUCUCAACCUCCUCCGCAUCGGCCAGCAAGUAAUGUACACCUUCUUCAUGGCGGGCAGCGUCCUCAACGUGGUGCUGCUAGUCGCCACACCUCUCGUCAUCAUAACUCGCUGGUGGACCCUUGUUGUUGGCUUUGUCGCUGGACUGUCUGGCAUUGUCUUAACCGUUGCCGCCAUUAUUGCUACCGUCAUCAGCGUUGCGGCCAAGGUGGCCCUCACGGCCCAAGACCAGCUCAACAUUAGCGCAGAGAUUGGCGUCAAGAUGUUUGUAUUUAUGUGGAUCGCCGCCAUCUUUACGGAUGUCGCCUUUUUGUUCCACGCUGGUAUGGCCUGCUGCUGCCGACCUGACCGCUCAAAGCGUAACAAGGGAAGCGACUCGUUUGAAAUGGAGGAUCGCAGCACUGGUAGAUCGUUGCCUGCAUUUGGUAGCAGACGUCGACGCACUAGCCAGUAAGGUAAAACACACCACAUACAAGAACAACAGAACAUACACUCGGAUUUACUUGUUUCGUAUUGUAUUUAUUCCACGGGCGUUGAGGUACUACCAUCGGAUUGACUAGCAUAUGCAUUAUUUUUGACUAUAGAAUUUGGGCACACGAAAAUAUAGAGACACUUGUUACUUUCCCUUCAAACUAUACUUUCCCCCUGUCGU